UGACAAUGACCUGCUGUAGCUUCCAAUGAGCUGGAGGUGCAGCCAUGCCCUCCCUCCAGCCCUCAUCUUUGCUUUUGGGCUGGAGAGAAGCCAUGCCCACCACGGCCCUAGUGCAGGGCUUAACUACCAAGGACUGGGACCCUGGCUCCAUCCUGAGCAAAGCUCUGGAUUUCCCCUGUGCAGUUAUUGCAGUCUGCCAAGGGUUGGAAGAUGAAAAAGGGCAGUAGGGACUGAACUGGAGGAAAUGAAAUCUCUUAGAAGAACAGGAGUUUCUCAGAUCUUGGGCUGUGUUUUUGUUGUGUGGGUUAUGGGUAUUCCGCAGUGGCUGUGUGGUUUGUGCUGGAACCUGGGGACUUCCCUGAGAUUUUGCGUCCCUGUCGUGUGGCAAGAGGGGUUUGCUCAGGCGCUUUCCCCAUCUUGAGGAGAAGUGAGCCUGGCACAGGUAGAAAUGAGAGACAUGAGCCAAGUGACUUAGGUGCACAGUAAAUGAGGGCUGGGAAAGAGACAGUCAGCAGUCAUGAGGGCAUAUAGAACACAUCAGGUGUUCCUUCAGGCCUUUACUUUAUCAAGUUGCAUGUGUUACAUAUGGUGACCUCUUACUAAUUAGCUAAAUUGUGUUUGAAUGGGGUAAGAGGAGAGUAAUGUUCAUCAAAGGAGAAGAUAAAAUAAUAACUUAUUUCAAAAAUUAAAGAUUAAAAUUUAAGACUCGAGAGGCUGAGAAGAUGUGCAUAUGCUGCUAUCCAGUUCCCUGUGCAUAUGUUGCAGGCAUAAGCUUGAGGUAUUAAAGUGAAAGACUUUACUCCUGAACCUGCCAAGGGAAGAGAAGAAAUGCACCUAACAGUGCAUGGAUGGACACUGCAGAGGUUAUUUUGCUAUGUAUUGUUUUUUAAACCCACAAUAAGCCCUUGCCCCCUCAACUGCUUGUGGACCAUGAUCCUGGCUCUGGUUUGAAUCCCUGACCCACAACUGCAAAGGAGGACGUGAAUUUUCAGAGCAGUCUGUUCUGGUUUGUCAAGUCUGAGCUUGGAAAACUGUGUGGAACAAAAAGGGAUUCCUGGGGAGAAAUGCUUUCAAUGUCUGUGCAAAGCUUGUUGUGGGCAAUUCCAUACUGUCUUGGUUUUGGUGACGCGCCAAUACCAUGCUGCUAAAUGGCUUUUUGAUUUUUUUUCUCCUGUUUUGCUUAGGUUUUUUCACAGGCUGUAGAAUAAUUUCCUGCCCAGCCUGCGUUCCAGCCAGGAUGGGAGCUGUGGACUAGGAUGGCUGGUUUGGACCAGAGGCGUGCUUAUGCUCAAUCGUUAUUUGCCAGUGGCCACUUUUCCAAAACAUGCUAUAUUGAGUGUGCAGCCUUUGUUGUACCACAGUGUAGAGAGUGAUCUCUGGAGGAGGAUGGGAGAUUACAGGCCAUCUGGUGCCUUUCUGGACAUCAUAUUUCAACAGGACGUGAAAUAAGCUUCUUUUUCUCAUGGAGAAAUAAACCCUCCCUCAAGCAGAAAAGCAACCUGUCACUUUCACUGUCUUGGUUUGGAAAGACAGGUGUCUGCUAAGGAAGGCAGGAGCCUCUCCUGAAAUGGAAAAUGUAAAACCCUCCCUCCAAAUUGCUAUUAAUUUUAAAUUAAGGACCUCUCAGGCAAAAAUAUGGGAGCAGGAAUAACAGUUCUUUAUUAGGGAAGAAAAUAAGAUACAAUAAACAAUGCAGUAAACCAAAACAGCACUGAUAGAGUCAGAAUACAACCUGACACUCUGUUGGUCAGAGUAUUGGUAGCAGUCCAGUUGGGAUUGUGGCUGCAGUCCACCUGCAGUGCCAGGUGUGGUUCUGCUGGAGCAGGGAUCCAGUAGAAAGGUGGAGUUUUCCUCUAAAGGUCCAGUGGAAGAGGCAGCUGUUCUUCUGGGAAAUCCAGUGGAGAAACUGUGCUGGUGUUCCAGAACCUCAAGAUUAUAUCCAGGUAGGAAUGCUUGGCUCCUCCCUCUGGGUGGAGCAUCUCACAAUGGGAUGCUGUAGUCCUCAUCAGUCAUUCAGUGACAAUCAACAGCCUGUUAUCAGCAGAUGUCUGCCCUGAGAGAGGAUUGUUUGUGGAAGAGAUAAGGAAAGCUGCCCACUUAGCAGAAGACAACUGCCGUAUAGAUGGCAAACAGAACACAUCUUGCCUUGCAAUCUGGGACAUUCACAUGUCCUGGAGAAGGGCCAUCUCUGUGACAUGAGCUUCCUCCCCACCUCCUAGCUUUGAAGUGAGAGUGACCUGAGAGCUGGAACCAGGGUUUCUUAAUCAAGCUCUCCAGAAGCAGAGAUCUUUAUGCUGGAAUGCUUCAAGCAGCAUGCACGUGGGUCCAGGAGCUGCUGAAGAGAAAUCCCAUCAGUGGCAGGGCACAGCAGUGAGGUGUCACAUCAGCAGUUGGUCUUGAGGAGAGAUUGAAGACUGAGAGAGAACAGUGAUGGAUGGACUCAUGCCGCACUCAGGAAAGGGAGCUUUGCCCAGUGCUUCCCAUCCUGUCUUCUCGUGGCCAGGGCAGAAACUGCCUUUCCUGCUCUUCCAGCCCCUCAGCAAGAGUGGAUUCACCUCUGAGACACCAUGGGCAAGAUGGACAACACCUCUGUGGAGCUGAGCUCUCCCUCUGAGGUGAAGCAGGCAGCCCUGGAGGAGCCAGAGCCCAUCAGCUCUGAGGUCGUGAGCACCAAGAAGAAGAAGAAGAAGGAGAUCCCAGACAGAGGUUCCUGGAAGGGGAAAUUUGACUUCUUGCUGUCCUGUGUGGGCUAUGCUAUCGGUCUGGGCAACGUCUGGCGCUUCCCUUAUCUCUGUGGCAAAAAUGGAGGAGGGGCCUUCCUCAUCCCCUAUUUCCUGACACUGGUGUUUGCUGGGAUUCCUCUCUUCCUGCUGGAAACUGCUCUGGGCCAAUAUACCUCUAUUGGUGGACUAGGAGUCUGGAGAUUAGCACCCAUGUUCAAAGGUGUGGGACUGGCAGCCAUGGUUCUGUCCUUCUGGCUGAACAUCUACUACAUUGUCAUCAUUGCCUGGGCUCUCUACUAUCUCUUCAACUCCUUCACUUCGGAGCUGCCAUGGCAGAGCUGUGGGAAUGCCUGGAACACCGAGCGCUGCUUCUCCAACUACUCCCUGAAUGACACCACCAACCUCACCAGCGCCGUCACCGAGUUCUGGGAGAGGAACAUGCACCAGAUGUCCGGAGGCCUGGGGGAGCCUGGUGCUGUCCGCUGGCCCCUGGCUGGCACGCUGGCCCUGGCCUGGCUGCUGGUCUACUUCUCCAUCUGGAAGGGUGUGGAGUGGACAGGCAAGGUGGUGUAUUUCUCAGCCACCUACCCCUACUUCAUGCUUUUCAUCCUCUUGUUCCGGGGAGUCACGCUGCCAGGAGCCAAGGAGGGGAUCCUCUUCUACCUCACACCUGACUUCAGGAAGCUCUCUGACUCCGAGGUCUGGAUGGAUGCAGCCACUCAGAUCUUCUUCUCCUAUGGCCUGGGGCUGGGCUCCCUCAUUGCUCUGGGCAGCUACAACACUUUCCACAACAACGUCUACAGAGACUCCAUUAUUGUCUGUUGUAUAAACUCCACCACAAGCAUAUUUGCAGGGUUUGUUAUUUUCUCUAUCAUUGGCUUCAUGUCACACAUCACGAAGAAGUCGGUGUCAGAGCUGGCCUCCUCAGGCCCUGGACUGGCUUUCCUGGCCUACCCACAGGUUGUCACACAGCUGCCCUUGUCCUCACUCUGGUCAAUCCUCUUCUUCUCCAUGCUGAUGAUGCUGGGUCUGGACAGUCAGUUCUGCACUGUGGAAGGGUUCAUUACAGCCCUGAUGGAUGAGUACCCUCGAGUCCUAAGAGCCAGGAAGAAGGUCUUCAUCGCAGUAGUCUGCUUCAUCUCUUAUCUCAUCGGAUUCUCCAACAUCACCCAGGGUGGCAUUUAUGUCUUCAAGCUGUUUGAUUACUACUCAGCCAGUGGCAUGUGUCUUCUUUUUCUUGUCUUCUUUGAGACCAUCUCAAUUUCUUGGUGUUAUGGUGUGAACAGGUUUUACAGGAACAUUGAAGAAAUGAUUGGCUACAAGCCUUGCAUCUGGUGGAAGAUCUGCUGGGCUUUCUUCACCCCUCUUGUCUGCCUGGGUGUGUUCCUCUUUAGUGUGGUGGAAAUGACCCCUCUGACUCUGGGCAAAUACGUCUACCCCGUGUGGGGCCAAGGCAUCGGGUGGCUCAUGGCCCUGUCCUCCAUGUUUCUGAUUCCAGGGUACAUGCUCUACUCCUUCUUCACCUCAACAGGGACCCUCCGGCAGCGUUUGCAGCAGAUGACCCAGCCCAGGCCAGAGGGGCACGCUCACAACAACGGCCUCCAGCCCAAGACAUCCUUGAACGGGAAGAUCUCGGACGCCGCCGUGUAGGAGGAAAGCCCCAGCUCCUCGCUCUGCCCUGUAGUUGCUCAAAGCUCCACAUUGUCCCUCGAGCUCCUCUGGCACACCUGGCUGUCCCUGGCUCUGCGGUGGCUUCCACCUCCUCUGGUGGAGGAACCUGCUCAUGGCUCUUGCUCCUGGCGUGGCUGACCAAGGCCCUGAACCAGCUGCCACCAGGGCAUUUUGUGGUGGCCACCCUCAUCCUGCACCAUCCUGGCCCAGGGCAUUGUGUGGUGACCACCUUCAUCCUGCCCAGGGCAUUGUGUGGUGACCACCUUCA